AUCCAGAAGAGCAAGAAGGAGGAGGAGGAAGAAGAAGAAGUAGAAGAAAGUCUGUGUUUUAAAAGGGUGUGUUGCUGCUUCUGGAGUGUCUGAGGCAACUACAGGACACAGUUUCAUAUGUAGAGAGCUGCCUUUUGAUGGGAAUUAAACCAGGUUCACUACAUUGUUCAGUCUGAUCAGAUGUUUGUGGAGAUGCAGCGCAGCAGCAGCAGCAGCAGUGUGACUGAUUUUCAGCAGCUGAGAGGAAGGUGGACCACCCUGUUGAACCGCUUUUAUGAAGACCCCAAGAUAGCACAGCUGAUGAAUACAAGAAUCGGGCAGUACCUCAGCAGCCACCCUUUCUUAGCUCUGACGGUGUUGCUGUUCAGCGCCAUGGCUGCACUGCCUGUCGGACUCUUCCUCACAUUUGCUCUUGUGACCCUUAUAAUGUCGGCAGUGGGUUUUGUUUUCUUUGAGGGGUUCCUGUUGUUUGUAGGAGGGUUGACUCUGCUGUGUGUGCUCUCCGGCAUCGCCUUCUUCUCUGUCGUGGUUUCAUUCAUCUUUAACGUGUUUUAUAUCACUAUCUCCAACAGCCUCAACCUCUAUUACCCGCAUCUGAGAACGCAAAGUCAAGUCCAGGGGAAGGAGAGUGAACGUGAAACUUCAAAACUGAAGGAAAUGCAGUAGCUUCGAGUCUUCUUCUCUCUCUAGUUUGUCAGCUUUCAUGUGGAGAAGCUCAAAUUGGCUGAGUGUCCAGAGCCCUUAAAAAGCACUACUGAAGCUUGAUUCAGAGGACCCUUGAAUGUACUGUAUGGUGGCUUGAGCCACCAAAGACUCCCUGAUGGUUACUGUAAUGUCUACAACAGCCAAAGCAUGGUUUAACUAAUCUUUUCACUGCCUUUAAUAGUCAAAUACUGAAGACACAUGUCAAUUAGGGGAAAAAAAGCACUACAAAGUAACUGUUACAUGUUUGCUGUUACCUUUUUAAAAGAGCAUGAUGUUGAA